AUGGAAACAAAAUCUUUACCUAGUGUACUUUGUCUCUUCAAACAGCCUUUACAUUUCAAUAAUGGCUUAGAAGUCCAACGUGUUGGCUUAAAGGGUGAGCUUAUGUUAUUAUGGCAAGAUGAUGUGGAUAUUUCAAGUGUGGUUGCUUCAUAUUUCCAUAAUCUUUUCCAAGCUUCUGAGGAAGAUCAUUGGGCUCUCACUCACACAUUAUCUAACAUUCCUUCUACUGUAACUGCUGCUCACAAUGAUUUUCUGUUACGUCCCAUUACAAAUGGUGAUGUUCUCGCUGCAUUGAAUACCAUAGGAUCUGAUAAAAGUCCUGGCAUUGAUGGUAUGUCUGCUAUGUUCAACCAACACAAUUGGACCAUUGUUGGUUCUUUGGUCACUAAGGUGGUGUUAUCUGUUCUUAAUGAUGGAAGUAGCCCAGCAAUCUUCAAUAAAAAUCUCAUCACCUUCUUGCCAAAAGUUAAGAAGUUGCUCUAUAAGUUGAUUUCCAAGACUCUUGUUAUGCGAUUUAAGGAGCAAAAAACAAAAGGUUCACAAGGAUAUGAAGCUUUGAAACUAGACACGAGCAAAACCUUUGAUCAUGUUGAGUGGUAUUUCUUGGUUGCGGUGAUGAGCAAAAUGGGCUUUCAUCUACAAUGGAUUUCUCUCAUUAUGACAUGUCUAACAUCUAUGAGCUUCUCCUUCCUUAUUAAUGGUGUUGUUACUGGUUCAGUGAUUACACAAUGA